UCGCCAACUCGGAUGGUGCACCAGUACAACGACUACGAGGGCUUCAACUUUAGCGGCACCUGCGGGGACAGCACGUACGAAGAGUACCCGCUCACCAGCAGCGGAUACACCGGCGGCUCCCCCGGCCCGGACCGCUGCGUCGUCGGCGCCAGCUGGGGCGACUUUUGCGGUGCCAUCACCCACGUGAGUGCC